AUGGUGGUAAAGGUGUAUGGCGCUGCCUAUGCUUCCCCAAAGCGUGUGCUAGUGUGCCUUGUUGAGAAAGAGGUCGACUUCGAGACCAUCCCCAUUGAUCUCCUCAAGGGAGAGCACAAACACCCUGAAUUUCUCAAAUUGCAGCCCUUUGGAACAGUUCCUCUCAUUCAAGAUGGGGAUUAUACUUUAUAUGAAUCACGCGCAAUCAUAAGGUACUAUGCCGAAAAGUACAAGUCUCAAGGGACUGCUUUGCUAGGGAAGACAAUUGAGGAAAGAGGGCUUGUUGAGCAAUGGCUAGAGGUUGAAGCACACAACUUCCACCCACCACUCUAUAACUUAGUCCUUCACAUUUUGUUUGCCUCAGGAUUGGGUUUUCCUUCAGAUCCCAAGGUCAUUCAAGAGAGUGAAGAAAAGCUAGGGAAGGUGUUGGACAUUUAUGAGGAGAGGCUGUCAAAGAGCAAGUACUUAGCUGGUGAUUUCUUCAGCCUUGCUGAUCUUAGCCACCUUCCAUUUACUCAGUAUCUGGUGACUAUUUUGGGGAAGGAGUAUCUGAUAAAGGACAGAAAGCAUGUCUCUGCUUGGUGGAAUGAUAUUAGCAACAGACCAUCUUGGAAGAAGGUCCUCGAGUUUGGUGGCCCAUUUUAA